CGGUCCAAUCCUUUGAAGGGUGGGGCCCAUAUCCUCUCCCCUCUCCGUCCCAAUCCUCUCUCCUCCUUCAUUGAAGUUAUCUCUCUGUUUCUUUGGAGAAAAUCUCGAGAAAUGGAUGAACUAAAGAACGACGAAGCACAGUCCUCAGGAGAUUCAUCUCUAGUCACUCCCAACUUUCCAUCUUUCAGUGAGAAAACUGAAGUAGAUGACUCAAAGAUGGGAGAUCGAAAUAAUAUUAUUACUCGGAGCCCCCCUGUGGCUGUUGGAAGAAGUCGAGCUAAAACAUUAUCUGCUGAAACCUUGGAGCGUAUGAACAAAGGUAUCAUCGACACUGCACAGCCUAUUGAUUCUGUUAAAUCUGCGGUCAGUAAGUUUGGUGGCAUCGUCGACUGGAAAGCUCACAAAGUAAUGUCUCUAGAGAAGAGCACACACAUCCAAAGUGAACUAGAGAAGAUACAAGAGGACAUCCCAAAAUACAAGAAGAAAUCAGAAUCAGCCCAAAUUGCCAAAGGCCAAGUCCUCGAAGAACUCGACAGCACAAAGAAACUCAUCGAAGAGCUCAAAGACAGCCUCGAGAAAACCGAGACAGAAGAAGCUCAAGCCAAGCAAGACUCUGAGCUCGCCCAACUCAGAGUCAAAGAGAUGGAGCAAGGCAUCUCCUCUGAAUCAAGCGCAGCAGCAAAAGCUCAAGUCGAGGUAGCAAAAGCAAGACACCAGGCAGCGAUCGAGGAACUAAGAACAGUUAAGUUAGAGUUAGAAUCACUCCAGGGUGAUCAUAGUCGGUUACUCACCGAGAGAAAUUUUGCGGUUCAAAAAGCUGACAAGGCUGUUUCAAUCGCAAAGGAUGCCGAUAAGAAGACAGAAGACCUAACUCUCGAGCUUAUUAGCAUCAAGGAAGCUCUAGAAUCAGCACAUGCUUCUCAUCUCGAAGUAGAGGAGCGUAGGAUUGCUUUAGCUGCAGCGAGAGAUCAAGAAUUGCUUGUUCAAGAGAAUGAAUUGAAUCAAGCAAACAAGGAAUUUCAGAAACUCAGCGAUCAGCAAGCAUCAAUCGAAGAUCUCAAGACCAAAUUCGAAAAUGCAACUAUUAUGUUAAUGAACCUGAAAACUGAGCUAGCAUUUUACAUGGAAGGAAAAAUGAAUGAAACAGGUGAAACCCAAGAUUCAGUUACUUCAGAACUAGCUUCAGCCAAGAAAGAGCUCGAGGAGGUGAAGAUAACCAUCCAGAAAUCAAAAGAAGAAAUUAACUUCCUAAAAGAGGCAGCUUCAUCUCUUAAAGCUGAGCUGGAUCGAGAAAGCGAAGCCUUGACUACCCUCAGACAAAGAGAAGGAGUUUCAUCAGUAACAGUCUCAUCUCUUGAAGCAGAAUUAACCCGAACGCAAUCAGAGCUCGAACUAGUUUUAACAAAGGAGAAAGAAGCUAGAGAAAAAAUGGAACAUCUCCCAAAAUUAGUUCAGCAAGCAAACGUCGACGCUGGUCAAGCUAAGUCAGUUGCAGACUUGGCACGUGAAGAGCUACGGAGAGCUAAAGAAGAAGCAGAACAAGCCAAGGCAGGUGCAAUCACGAUGGAGACAAGGCUCCUUGCUACCCUCAAGGAGAUCGAGGCUGCAAAUGCUUCCGAGGCCUUAGCGGUUGCAGCGGUGAAAACCAUGAUAGAGAGCGACGCGAAGAAAAACGCAAACGCAAACGCUGCUGAUGAGAUAGACUCUGAUGAUCAAGUGACACUCCAAUUGGAAGAGUACUACGCGCUUAGUAAAAAAGCCCACGACGCUGAAGAAUCGGCCAGCGGGAGGGUAAUAUCCGCGGUGGAGAAAAUAAAGCAGGCAAAAAUUUGUGAGCAGACGAGCUUGGAAAGACUGGAGGAAGUGAACAAACAGUUGGAAGAGGAGAAGAAGGAUUUAAAGGUGGCGGUUGAAAUGGCAGAUAAAGCAAGCGAAGGGAAAAUGGCAGCGGAGCAAGAGUUAAGGGAUUGGAGAGCUAGUAACGAGCAGCGAAGGAGAGCAAGUGAUGCUGUGCCUUCUCAUCUCGGGAGUCCUCCGGGGAGCUCAGAUCCUAACACGAGCUCAGGAGAAGCUCCUCUCCGCAUCAAUUCAGUAUCAUGCCCAGACCUUUACGCGGGGCACUCGGUGCCUGAAUCGAAGCAAAGGAGGAAGAAGUCGUUCUUUCCGAGGAUCGUCAUGUUCUUGGCGAGAAAGAAGGCUCAAUCGCUCAAGGAGGAAUGAAGUCUGUAUCAGUGUUGUCACAGUGAAAUGAUUUGGAGAACGUACUGGGGAUUCUUGUAUUUAUCUUUCAGAGUGAAAUGGUUUGGUUCGUUUCGGGCCAACUAUUGUAAAAUUUAAAUGAAUAAUUUCCAGAACUGAAAUAUAUAUA